AGUGACAGUCACUCGUGGAAGCGAUGACACUCAGCAGGCUACACUUAUUCACACUUUCAUCUGUAUAUCGCCGUGUACGUGCAUUGCGUUCCUUCUAGUCUUGAAUAUCUUCACUUCGCGCCGGUGAUCUAACUGGCAAGUUCUAUAUCUCGUCUUGUCGACAAAUACUUAGCCAACUCAUCACAGCUCAUGACAUUGCCCCCCGCUAUUCUCCCAGCCUGGCACCCUUGUAAAGGAUGUGCCUGCGUGAAUCACACCAUCCCCUCUUACCGAUUUUUCGUCACCGAUGCAGAUAGUCCCAUCGCUGAUCACCCAGAUCUUGGGCCACUCACACGUUCCAAUGCUACACCCAACCCGUCUGAAGAGAAAACUCUUCAGCAGAUGAUAUCUGAUUCUGGAAAGCGCAUCGAUAACGUCGACGACCACGUCUUGCAAUUCAAGGCGCUGAGACAGAGUCUCGUACAGUCCAUCGCACGCGUCGACGAGCAGCUAGCGGCACUGGAUAACGAGCGGCAGCGCCUCUUUGACAGCAUUCGAGAACGACAGCGUCUUCUCAGCGCUUUGCGUCGUAUGCCCAAAGAAGUCCUUGCUCACAUCUUCUUUGAUACCAUUUUCUUUCCUUUCCCACGAGUACAGCCGUCCACGCGUACUGGUGGUCGGUCGGCGUUUUCUCCCAUGGGGAACCCACUAUUAUCAUUUGCCUUGGUCUCUCAAAAUUGGAAUGAUGUCCUUGUUGCCUACCCUAGCCUUUGGUCUUAUGUCAACAUCGUAGUCGACCGAUUGCCCUCCAGUAGCUACGCACGUUGCAUCGGCAAACACAUAUCUCGCUCUGGUCAAUCUCCAUUAUCAGUCUCGAUAUCUCAUACUGGCAGCGCAGCCGGGCCUGGCGCCUUACCCGAUGCUGUCCUAACGACUCUUUUUACAGCCCGCCAUAGGAUCAUAUGCCUCCAUCUUCACCUUCCCGGAAGGUACUUCCCCUCUGUACAGCAACUACCUCUAUCAUUUCCCAUUCUACGAGAACUCCAUCUUCAUUCUUCUUCAGAUACUGCGGAUGUCGGCCAACAUCUCGAUUUUGACCUUCUGCCGGACCUGCAAGUGCUAGAUGUCAUGGACAUCAGCAACAUUCAUUCAUCAUCUCCUCCCUGGCAUCAGAUCACCCGUUUUUCAAACACUCAUGUGCAGCCCGGACAUGGUCCGCUUAUCCAUUUUGCUCUGACUAUCUUAACAGCAAUGUCUCGUCUGUCUGUUUGCCGUCUCUUCCUUGACUUGCAACCCUUGAUCAACGGGAUCGCAGAGGAGACGACGACCCUAACCGAGCUCAAAUCACUUUCACUUUCAUCCGUAUAUCGGCAAGGUUUUGGCCUCUCCCCUGUCAUACCCUUUCUCCUCGACCACCUCACGUUGCCUGUUCUCUCGGAUCUUUCAGUAACAUGCUUAGUUGGCACCACCUCGCGGGACCAGGACACAACCUUUACUUCUAUUUGCCGACUCGUUGAACGCUGCAACUGCCCUUUGACAUCACUCUCCUUUAGCAACGGAGGAGUUCAAACGAACGAUCUUAUAUUUAUCCUCACUAGCAUGCCUGCCCUCCAAGACCUGCGACUAACAAACAUCGGUAGGGGAGCUUUGACUGAACAUGUCCUUGAUUAUCUUGCUACCAUCGUUAGUCCCGAUACCGAGGCUGUCACCCCGGCCUUUAUUCCAUGUCUGCAUACGUUACAUCUCAUAGGCCACAUUGAAUUUUCAACGGAAGCCCUCAUCGAGAUGAUUGAAUCUCGCUGGAAAUGUGAUCCGUGUCACCUCAAGUCGGUGAAUGUUUGCCGAUAUGUUGACUGGCGGAGAGAAAAGGAAGAGGAGACCAUAACUCUUGGGUUUCAGCAUGUCCUUGCAGUGUUGCGGUCGGAAGGAUUGGAUGUCACGGUAAACUCACGAAGAAUGAGUUGACUCUGUUGAGAACAAUGUGGAUUGGGUUGGAGUAUC